AUGAUCGGCUCGCCUGAUAUUGGAGGGUUCCCGAUUGAAUUGCAAUCAUCCACCGAUUGCUCAAAGCCAGCAUCAAAUCGUCGUCCUUCAUUCAGCGGUGGAGUUCGUGUGAUUGGGAGGAAAAUUCGCGAUUCUUGCAAAGCUGUCACAUUCAAUUUGGGAAAGAUGAAGAAAUCACCCCAAUCGGGCAGUCAAUCGAUCAAAAAUCUCCGCAAAGUUUUGGAUGAAAUCGACGUGAACAAAGAUGGAUGGAAAGAAAAGAUAAUCGAUUUUGUCUACGAUGAAUUCUCUGUGCAAAAUGAAGAGAGAAAUAUGUGCGAGACAAGAGAAACCACAUCAAAAAUGUUCUAUUUUGGAAAUGGAAGCGAUUCAGAAAGUGGGCCGAGUACUCCAACACAAGAAUCGUGUCCAUCUUUGCUUGACAUUGCACCAACUCAAGACAGGACAAUUGAUGAUUUGACGAAAGAUUUGAAAGAAGAAAGACCAUUGAGGGACGGCGAUUUUCUUCGUCUUCUCAAUCGGGGAGUGAUCAAAUCACGAGAAUUGGAAGAAAAAGUCAAAGAAAAGGAAAGAGCGGUGGCAAUUCGAAGAGAAUUUGUUGCACCAAAACUGCUAAACAACUUGCCAUAUAAAGGAUACAAUUACGAUAUGGUGAUGAACUCGUGUUGUGAGAAUGUCAUUGGUUUUAUGCCGAUUCCGAUGGGAACUGCUGGGCCAUUGAAGAUCAACUGUCGAAACGUUUUUGUUCCAAUGGCUACAACAGAGGGGGCUCUUAUUGCAUCGACUAAUCGUGGAUGCAGUGCGAUUUUCAAAGCUGGUGGUGUGACUUCGCGAGUCUUUGACGACAAAAUGACUCGGGCUCCUGUGGUUCAAAUGAGAUGCUUGGAUGACUGCCUAAAGCUCAAAAGUUGGAUUUCUAUUGAAGAAAACUUUCAGAAAAUCAAAAAGGAAUUUGAUCAAACGAGCAGGUUUGCCAACCUGCUCAAAAUUGAAACGACAAUUGAUGGAAGUAUUCUUUUCAUUAAAUUCUUUGCAAAAACCGGCGACGCAAUGGGAAUGAAUAUGGUAUCAAAGGGAUGCUCCAGCGCAAUGAAAUAUUUGAAGGAUCAAUUCCCAGAAAUGAAAGUUCUCUCGUUAUCUGGAAAUCUUUGUGUCGACAAAAAGGCGGCUGCGAUUAAUUGGAUCCAAGGAAGAGGGAAAUCAGUGGCAGCUGAAUGCAGUUUUUCUGAUAAAUUGGUCUCCUCAAUCUUUCGCACAACACCUCGCGAUCUUGUUGAAGCUGCCAAUGCAAAAUUAAAUGUCGGUUCAUCUAGAGCGGGUACACUUGGGGGUCAAAACUGUCAUGCGGCCAAUAUCGUGGCUGCAAUCUUCUUAGCCACCGGACAGGAUGCAGCACAAGUUGUCUCAUCAUCGAUGUGUUCAACAAAAAUCGAAGUGGAUGACAAGGAUGGAGAUCUAAAGGUGUCAUGUACAAUGCCCGUUAUGGAAGUGGGAACUGUUGGUGGAGGGACAAUACUUGGACCACAAAGGGAUUGCUUAAAGAUGUUGGAAUGUGAGGGACCAAACGAGACGAGUCCAGGAGCAAAUGCGGCCAGAUUGGCUGAAGUGAUCUGUGGAGCAGUGUUGGCUGGAGAAAUUUCGUUGCUUGCUUCACUUACAACUGAUGAACUUGUUGAUAGUCAUAUGAAAUUGAACAGAUCGAGAAUGAACCUUUAUUCAUCGCCCUCAUCAUUGAUGGUACCAAAUACUCAAUCAAAAGACCAACGAAAUCCUCCAAUUCCCACAUCUCCUAAUCAGAUUCGUCAAAAACGAAACAGUGAAUCGAUGAGACCUGGAUGUGCAAAUAUCUUA